AUGGCCCUAGGAACGGUAUUGCUCGCUGUGCAGGAGAGUGCUGUCCAGUCACCCCUGCGGGCGUUGGCCGCUAUCUUCUUCACCGUCUCUUUGCUUUACACUAUCACUAAUGAAUUCAUCCGCUCCUCUGCUAGGGUCCCUGGAAUCGGAGGGCCUCGUGGGGUACCGUUGAUUGGAAAUCUAGCUCAGAUCCGGCAGAAUGCAGCAGAGCAGUACCGCAUAUGGUCGGAAAAUCAUGGCGCGGUCUAUCAAAUUCAACUUGGCAACAUUCCGGUCAUUGUCGUGAACUCGGCGGCGGCUGCGAAAGUCUUGUUUGGGCAGAAUGCUCAAGCCCUCAGCUCGAGGCCAGAGUUCUACACGUUCCACAAAAUUGUUUCUAACACGGCCGGUACUACCAUUGGCACUUCUCCAUACAGCGAGUCGUUAAAGCGACGCAGAAAAGGUGCUGCGUCGGCCCUGAAUCGACCCUCCGUGGAAUCUUAUGUCUCGCACUUGGACUUGGAGUCUAAAGCGUUCGUGGCUGAGCUUUUCAAGUAUGGGCACGCGGGGAAGAGUCCAGUGGAUCCGAUGGCAAUGAUACAGCGGCUCAGUCUAAGUCUAGCUUUGACUUUAAAUUGGGGGACACGUGUGGCAUCCCGAGAAGAGAACCUUUUUGACGAGAUCACCCACGUCGAAGAAGAAAUCAGCAAGUUCCGAAGUACCACAGGCAAUCUGCAAGACUAUAUUCCGCUUUUGCGUUUGAAUCCAUUCAACAACAAUUCGCACAAGGCCAAGGAGAUGAGAGACCGUCGCGACCGCUACCUCCACGCGCUCAACCGUGAUUUAGACGACCGAAUCGAGAAAGGAGUCCAUCAGCCUUGCAUCCAAGCCAAUGUUGUCCUCGACAAAGAAGCCAAAUUGAACCCAGACGAGCUCACCUCCAUCAGCUUGACCAUGCUUUCUGGGGGGCUCGAUACUGUCACCACGCUCGUGGCCUGGAGCAUUGCUCUCCUCGCGAAACGACCGGACAUCCAAAAGAAGGCUGCAACAGCGAUUCAGGAGAUGUACGGCCAGAAUCAACCGAUGUGCGACGCGGCAGACGACCAGAAAUGCGCUUUUGUUGCAGCCUUAGUAAAAGAAUGCCUCAGAUACUUUACAGUUCUUCGCCUCGCCCUUCCUCGAACUUCAAUCCGGGACAUUACCUACGAUGGUGCUGUGAUACCCAAGGGAACUGUCUUUUUCUUGAACUCCUGGGCUUGUAAUAUGGACCCCAAGGUCUGGAGUGACCCGGAGGAAUUUCGACCAGAACGGUGGAUGGAGCAGCCAGAUGCACCCAUGUUCACCUACGGAAUGGGUUACCGUAUGUGUGCGGGCUCACUGCUUGCAAACCGUGAAUUGUACUUGGUCUUCAUGCGAACUCUCAACAAUUUCUGGAUAGAAUCGUAUGACGAUAUUGACUGGCAUCCGGUCAAAGGGAAUUCUGAUCCAACCAGUCUAGUUGCCAUUCCAAAGAGAUAUAGGACAAUCCGGCCUCUCUCCCGGCCUCUCUCCCGGCCCUCAUACGUCUCGUCGCCCCUCUCUACAGGCCUCCGGCUUCCCUCAGUCCUCCAUGCCCGGCUACUUUCGAAUGAAACGAGGUCAGCAAUCGAUAAAGCAGUUGGCUCGGCUCCGGUGGUCCUUUUUAUGAAAGGAACUCCUGAGACGCCACAAUGCGGCUUUUCGCGAGCAAGUAUCCAGAUUCUAGGGUUGCAAGGAGUAGACCCAAAGAAGUUUGUCGCAUUCAACGUGCUGGAGGAUACAGAGCUUCGCCAAGGUAUUAAGGAGUAUUCCGAUUGGCCAACAAUUCCACAACUGUAUCUGGACAAGGAGUUCGUUGGUGGCUGCGAUAUAUUGAUGUCUAUGCAUCAAAACGGAGACCUCGCAAAGAUGCUUGAAGAGAAGGGCGUCUUGGUUGCUGUCGAUUAA